AUGAAAAGGUUCACGCGUCUAGUGAAGGGAAAGAAUGCUUUUCCAGGUGUUUCCGUGGUGAAAGACCCAGUAGACAGCGACUUACAGCUUGACAGAGGAAAUAGCAUCAAUGAUGAUGAUGAUGAUGAUGAUGAUGAUGAUGAUGAUGAUGAUGAUGAUGAUGACGAGGAAGGGAAGAUUGAGACUGAUAUGGAUGAAAUAGGAAGCAGUUUUGAAGCUGCAAAUAAUUGUCCUCAUUUCGAGGAUCAAAGAGAUGUCCCCUUCGUCUCUGUCGUGAUGGGAAAGGGACUACUGGCGUUCCCAAGUGAGACCGCUUUUGAAGCGUUUCGAGUGAACCAUCGCCGAUUGGAUACUGUUGGAAAUGAGGAAGCAGUGGGGUUUCCCUUUUUGCAUGCCACGAAACCCGGCUUGCUAAGCUCAAUGACUAGCCAUGGUGCUCCAGUGAUGAAAUUUCAACGCUAUACAGUCGUUGACACUGAAGUGGAAUCUCAAAUGAAGGACCAUUAUCGUGAAAAUGAACACUGCAAACAAGUUGCCGAGUCUGGUAACUUGCAUGUAUUUUGUUUGGAUUUUUGUCAGGUCUUCCAGCACAUCGACUCGAGAUCAGGCCAGGUAGAAUACCGAUUUGUGUUUUCCAUCGACAAUAAAUCCGAUCACAAUUGCUUCACAUUGCGGUUGAACGUUCAUAUUCAGCAAAGAGAUUGUGACACUGUCAUGGACGGAAUGCGAUUAAGAUGGCAUGGCACUUCAGGAUUUGCGUUCGUAAGUGGCACCGGGGAAUUUCAACUGCGAGUGCUCGAUGACGAUAUGCCCUCGUUUGCAGACUACGCAACAGAAACAGAAUAUAGCAAAGCCUGCAACAAUGCCCAUCCAGCACGCAACGUUUCGCAACUGCCGAGCUGGGGUCUGUACAGCGAUAAACGAGGGUCAAUUGUGCCCAAAAAGCGUACAUUUCGUCGUGCGGAUUUCUACGUGCAGGAGAAAGCACUAUGUGGGAAAGGUCUACGUAACAUACCAAGAGAAACACUGAUACUCACUACUAUGUGCAUGUUUCUACACGAAAUGGAAUGCAGUAAGGACAAAGGAUCUUCCAUGAGUAUUGGCGGACGAGGAUUGCCCAUGAUGGUAUAA